AAACCAAGUUCGCGCGAUUUUCAAAAGACAAAAUGGUAGACGCCGCUGUUUUGGACAAGCUUGAAGCUGGCUUUAAGAAGUUAGAGGCUUCCGACAGCAAAUCUCUCCUCAAGAAGUACCUGACGAGAGAGGUCUUCGACAGGCUUAAGAACUUGAAGACUCCCUCAUUCGGUUCUACCCUCCUUGACGUCGUACAAUCUGGAUUUGAGAACCACGAUUCUGGCGUAGGUAUCUAUGCCCCGGAUGCCGAAGCUUACACCGUUUUUGCCGACCUCUUUGACCCCAUCAUCGAGGACUACCACGGUGGGUUCAAGAAGACCGACAAGCACCCCGCCAAGGAUUGGGGCGAUGUCGAUUCCCUCGGAAACCUUGACCCCACUGGCGAAUACGUCAUUUCUACCCGUGUGAGGUGUGGUAGAUCAAUGGAAGGCUACCCCUUCAACCCUUGCCUCACUGAGGCUCAAUACAAGGAGAUGGAAGAGAAGGUCUCCUCCACUCUUUCCGGUUUGACCGACGAACUGAAAGGCACCUACUAUCCGUUGACCGGUAUGACCAAGGAGGUGCAGCAGAAGCUUAUCGACGACCACUUCCUCUUCAAGGAGGGAGACAGGUUUUUGCAGGCGGCCAAUGCCUGCAGGUUCUGGCCCACCGGUCGUGGUAUCUACCACAACGACAACAAGACAUUCUUGGUCUGGUGCAACGAGGAGGACCACCUCAGGCUCAUCUCCAUGCAGAUGGGAGGCGAUCUCGGCCAGGUUUACAGACGUCUCGUCACCGCUGUAAACGACGUCGAAAAGCGUGUCCCCUUCUCUCACAAUGACAGACUCGGCUUCUUGACUUUCUGCCCCAGCAACCUCGGAACCACUGUCAGAGCCUCUGUCCACAUCAAGGUCCCGAAACUCGCUGCCAACAAAACCAAAUUGGAAGAAGUCGCCGCUAAAUUUAACCUUCAGGUCCGUGGUACUCGUGGCGAGCACACAGAAGCUGAGGGCGGAGUUUACGAUAUUUCCAACAAAAGGAGGAUGGGUCUCACUGAAUACCAGGCCGUCAAGGAGAUGCACGACGGUAUCGCCGAGCUCAUUAAAAUUGAGAAAGAACUGUAGAUAUCUCACAAUGUUGUUGAUUAAAUACCAAAAAAUAAAGAUUAAAAUUAUAUAAACAACAUAAAAUAUAUAUAAAAUACAAAUAAUCUGAAAGGCAGUACAGAAGAAAAAUAAUGGAAGGAAUUUAAUCGAACUGAUAUUAUUUCUAUUUGUUCUUUUUCGUUACUAACUUUUACUUAACAACAUUUUCUUCCUACUAUUCAUCACCUUGUGUGGUGAGUGGUCUGGAAAAUAGUUUAUUGUCAUUAACUCUAAAGAGAAAAUUGUCGCGUUUUAAACGAAACGUGCGUUUUUCUUCUAAUAAAGUCUAAACACCUACAAGAUUUCAAA